AUGGCCAGGGCCGGCAUGGAGCGGUGGCGCGGCCGGCUGGCGCUGGUGACAGGCGCCUCGGGGGGCAUCGGCGCGGCAGUGGCCCGGGCGCUGGUGCAGCAGGGACUGAAGGUGGUGGGUUGCGCCCGCACCGUCAGCAACAUCGAGGAGCUGGCUGCUGAAUGUAAGAGUGCAGGCUACCCUGGUACUUUGAUCCCCUACAAAUGUGACCUGUCAAAUGAGGAAGACAUCCUCUCCAUGUUCUCGGCUGUCCGCUCUCAGCACAACGGUGUAGAUAUCUGCAUCAACAAUGCCGGCCUGGCCCGUCCUGAACCUCUGCUCUCAGGCAGCACCAGUGGCUGGAAGGAAAUGUUCAAUGUGAAUGUGCUGGCCCUCAGCAUCUGCACGCGGGAAGCCUACCAGUCUAUGAAGGAGCGGAAUGUGGACGACGGGCACAUCAUUAACAUCAACAGCAUGUCUGGCCACCGGGUGGUACAUGAUCCAGUGGUCCAUUUCUACAGCGCAACCAAGUACGCAGUUACUGCCCUGACAGAGGGACUGAGGCAAGAGCUACGGGAGGUCCAGAGCCACAUUCGAGCCACAUGUAUCUCUCCAGGGAUGGUGGAGACACAGUUCGCCUUCAAACUUCAUGACAAGGAUCCUGGGAAAGCAGCUGCCACAUAUGAACAAAUUAAGUGCCUAAAACCUGAGGAUGUGGCUGAGGCUGUCCUCUACGUCCUCAGUGCCCCCCCCCACGUCCAGAUCGGUGACAUGCAGAUGCGGCCCACGGAGCAGGUGACCUAG